GGAAAAAACUGCAUGGUUAAUACAUUUUAAAUGAUCUUACAAAAUACACUAGACAUGUUGACAAAUAAGUAUAAAUUACUAAACAGUGACAAGAACCAGUUAAAAUUUACUACUGGCUUGUAAUUGUGCUCCUUAACUUUGUACAUUGCACAUGUAUAUUAGAACAACCAAUUUUGAUACUUAUCAGCUUUUUUUUUCUUUCUUUUUGACUUUUUUUAUUUGUAGAGUAAUAAAAGAUUUCAUGAUCCAAGGAGGGGAUUUUGUUAAAGGUGAUGGUACAGGAGUUGCCAGCAUAUAUGGAGAUGUGGCCUUCCCAGAUGAAAAUUUUAAACAAAAACAUGAUGGACCAGGCCUUCUGUCUAUGGCAAAUAGCGGCCCAAACUCAAAUGGAUGUCAGUUUUUUAUAACUUGUGCAAAGUGCGAUUUUCUAGAUGGAAAGCAUGUUGUGUUUGGUAAAGUUGUCGAUGGUCUUCUAGUCAUGAGAAAAAUCGAGAAUGUUCCUGUGGGACCGAACAACAGGCCAACGUUACCAGUGGCUAUAUCACAAUGUGGAGAGAUGUAGAACUACGUGUAGCUGUAUUCUUAACGUGCAUGUUAUCACGGUCAUGACGUGACGUACCAACAGAUCAAAGCAACAAAAAAAUGAGAGACACUGGAAAAGAUGUGUUGUGCAGCUAACAUUGUUUUUGAUGUACCACCUUAGGGCAAUUCCUUGUCUUUCAAAUGGAAUGAACAGUCCACUCUCGUUUUUGUGUUAACUUGGCAACUUAGUGCGCUUUGUUACAAACCUAGGAUAAAUUGUAUACGACGUGUCAAGCAUGUGUACAUGGAUUGUAUCUCUGGAAUGGAAGACAGCUUAUCGAAGACUUUAAAAUUCGUUUCUGUUUGUGGUAAACAUCGCACUGGUAUUGCUGCUGGCACAAGUAAUUUUAAUAUAAUCUUUGUAAAAAUGCAGACUUAAUGUUUCAAAUGUUUUGCGGCGCGUAUACUCAAGUCAUCGUGUCACCGAGAGGGAGUAGACCUCACACCAUGCAAUAUGAAUUAUAGGCCGAAAACAAAACUUGCCAUAAUGAACUCAAAGACUAGCGAAAAGUUAAGAAGUCCUUUCUGCUAUUAUAGCUCUUCCUACGUAUUCUUUGAUUAAAAACAGCUUGUCUAAUGCUC